AUGACAAUACACCAUUUUGCACCCUUCACUAAGAAAGGUGACCAAGGAGCAAUACCAAAAAGCUUUGAAAAAGAGCCUGAUACAGAGGACAACAACGAAGCACUUUCAUUCUUCACUACAAAAGGUGACCAAGACUCAACAUUUAGUGUUUUUAAUGCCCGAUUUGAGUCAAUAAAUGAAAAGGCUUCUUUCUGUCGUUUAAUUCCUAAAAACCGGUGCCUUGUUGCAGUAGAAGGAUUCUACGAGUGGAAAAAGGAUGGACAAAAAAAGCAGCCAUACUACAUCCAUUUCAAGGAUGGUAGGCCUCUUGUGUUUGCAGCUCUUUAUGAUGCAUGGGAAAAUUCAGAAGGCGAGAUCCUCUACACUUUUACAAUUCUCACUACUUCUUCUUCUUCAGCAUUACAGUGGCUGCAUGGUAAGUCAUGCUUGUUUCAUUUUAUUCAUAUUGCAUGUUCUAAUCUUGUGAUGUCUGCACAUUGUAAAUUAGUGUGCUAAACCCCAAGAAGAA